AUGUCGUCUCCCGGAAAGCCGCUCAAGCGGUCACGAGCGGAGGAAGACGAGCACGAUGCUCUCGUCGCAGCCGCCGUCGCAGAGAACAUCGCCGCAGACGCUGUGUCGGAACCGAAAGCCAAGAAGGCCCGAACAGAAGCCAACCGCUCUCUUUUCGUUCGCUCCCUGCCUGCGACCGCCACCAGCGAAUCGCUCACCGAUUUCUUCUCCGAACAUUUCCCUGUCAAGCAUGCGACCGUCGUUCUCGACAAGGCGACCAAAGCUUCCCGAGGCUAUGGCUUCGUUACAUUGACAGAUGCUGAGGAUGCUACGGAGGCCAAGAAAAAGCUCAACAACAUUCUUUGGGAGGGACGCCGCAUCAAGGUCGAUGUUGCCGAAGCUAGAACUCGUGACGCAAAAGAGAGUGCCGUUGGCGCCGCCGCAUCUAGCGCAAAGCAAAAGCGUGCGGAUGAUCUUGAGGAAGCGAGGAAAGCCCCGAAGUUGAUCAUUCGCAACCUUCCUUGGUCUAUCAAGUCUUCUGCGCAGCUGGGUGCGCUUUUCCGCGCCUAUGGCAUUGUCAAGUUCGCGGACCUUCCCCAGAACAAGGGCAAGCUCAAAGGAUUUGGUUUCGUUACCCUUCGCGGCAGGAAAAAUGCCGAGAAGGCUUUGGAGAUGAACGGAAAAACCAUUGACGGAAGAACCAUUGCCGUUGAUUGGGCUGUGGGCAAGGAUGAAUGGGACAAGGCCAACGGCGCCAGGGAAGAGGAAAGAGAUUCAAAGAAGAAGCAGAAGGAUGAGGAUGAGGAUGAGGAUGAGGAGGAAGAUGCAGCCGAAGACGAGAAUGCCGGUAAGGAGCUCACCGGAGCUGACGCAGAUCUGGAAAACUUCAUGAAGAACCACAUCAUGAACCUCGAGGACGAGGAUGACGAGAAUGAGGACGAAGACGAAGACGACGAGGAUGAUGAGGAGCUUUCCGACGGAGAGGAAGACAGCGAAGGCGAGGAAGACAAGAAGCCCGCCAAGAAAACGCAAUCUACCGACAACACAUCAACACUCUUCAUUCGAAACCUGCCCUUCACCGUUACGGACGACCAAUUAAAGGAGCAUUUCGCCAAGUUCGGUGCCGUCAGAUAUGCUCGCGUAGUGAUGGAUCGGGCAACUGACAGACCGGCGGGUACCGGGUUUGUCUGCUUCGUCAGCGAGGAAGACUCAAAAGCCUGCAUCAAGGGCGCGCCGCGCACACAGGCCAACACCCUGCCCACAAAGCACUCUGUGUUGCAGGACGAAUCCGCAGACUCCGACGGUCGUUACACCUUGGAGGGCCGUCUGUUGCAGGUUGCUCAGGCAGUUAGCAAAGACGACGCCGAGCGCUUGGCUGCCGACGGCAGUGCCAAGAGACGCGAGAAGGAUAAGCGUCGUCUUUUCCUGCUCAACGAAGGCCAACUCGAUACUAGAUCUGCUCUGUACCACAAGCUCACGCCCAACGAGGUGAAGAUGAGAGAGGACAGCGCCAAGCAGCGCAAGAAGCUCGUUCAGAGCAACCCUUCGCUGCACAUCAGUCUUACCCGUCUGGCUGUCCGCAACAUCCCCCGCAACAUCGGUGGCAAGGAGCUCAAGGAGUUGGCCCGCAAGGCCUGCGUCGAGUUCGCCACAGAUGUCAAGGAGGGCAGACGUCAGCCCCUUUCCAAGGAGGAGAAGGUCAGAAGCGCAAAGGAGGAUAAGGAGGCCGAGCACGACCGCAAGCUCAAGCGCAAGGGUAUCGUCCGCCAGGCCAAGAUCGAGUUCGAGAGUCGCGAGGGUACCAAGGUCCCGGAGGCGAGCGGCGGCAAGUCCCGUGGAUACGGUUUCAUCGAGUACUCGUCCCACCGCUGGGCGCUCAUGGGCCUGCGUUUCCUCAACGGCUACCAGAUGGAGAACGAGCACGGCAAGAAGCAGCGCCUGAUUGUCGAAUUCGCUAUCGAGAACGCCUCGGUCGUCGCCCGUCGCAAGGCCAACGAGAAGAACUUGGACCGCAACAAGCCCAACGCGCAGGCGGCUCCUCAGGCCGCGCAGAACGGAAAGAAGGGCGGUAAGUUCGACAAGAAGGCCGGUGGCAAGGAGCUACCCAACAUGGCUUCUAUCAAGGACCAGAAGAAGGGCAAGAAGGGAAAGAAGGGCAACAUGAACAAGGGACCCAAGACAGAGAAGGAGGAGAGCGGAGAAAAGUCGGAUGGUGACAAGACGCCCGCGGGCAAGGUUGAUCGCGAAGAUGUCAAGCCGCUGCUCAUUGCGAGAAAGCGACUGAUGAGGAAGAAGAAGGCUUCAUCCCGAGGUUAG